CCACCGCCACCCUGUCCCGAUGAUCACAAUGAGGGCACAGCUCGCUCCGGCCCUCCUCCUCCUCCUCAUGGUUGCCGCCGCGCCGCUCAUAUCAGCGAUGACUGCUGAGGAGGGAACCAAGGAGAAAUUGCUACAGGGCGCCCACAAAGAGGACCUCGCUGAUAAACUCAGUAUCGCGAGUGUCGACCCAGACGCUUAUGCAGCCGAGCAGAAAUCAGUUGGGCCCGAUAGCAAGAAGCAGGCCGCUAAGGACGUCGUUGAUAACACAAGCUAUAUUAUGGGUGCCGUGCCUGAGAAGAAACCUGAAAGUAAAAGCGACGAGAAGAAACUCAAGGAGGAGGCCAAGGUCAUCGCUCAAGUCAAAGGAGAGACGAACUACGAGGAUGCCGUCGCUGAGCAGAAUGCCAAGGAGGAGAAGAAAUCCAAACUCACGAGUGACAUCUCCGAGGACGAUGAUGCUGAGAAGAAGGAGAAGAAAUCAAAAAACAAAGACGAUGACGAGGACAAAGAGAAGAAAUCUAAAAAUAAGGAUGAUGACGAUGUUGAGAAAAAGGAGAAGAAUUCCAAAAGCAAAGACGAGGACUCUAUAUAUGACACCGAGAAGAAAUCGAAAAACAAGGAUGAUGAUGAUGAUGAUGAGAAGAAAGAUAAGAAGUCUAAAAGCAAGGACGACGACGACAACGAUGAUGAUGAGAAGAAAGAGAACAAAUUGAAAAAUAAGGAUGACGACGAUGAUGACGAGAAGAAAGAAAAGAAAGUGAAAAAUAAGGAUGAUGACGAUGAUGAGAAGAAGAAAGAGAAGAAAUCCAAAGAGAAAAGCGACUCGUCCGAGGAUGAUGACGCUGAGAAGAAAUCUAAAAGCAAGGGUGAGUCCUAUGAGGACGACGAUGACAAUAAGAAAUCCAAAAGCAAAAACAAGGCAUCAGAGGAAGAUUUUGAUGCCGUCCCCAUGGAGGCCAAGGCCGAUGAAUCUAUGCCAGCUGUUGACACGCCCAACGGGUACCAAGCGCCAACGACCAAGACCAAGCCACAGUUGCCUGCGGCGGACACACCUGACGGCCACACCGCGCCGACCACGGCCCAACCAAAGGUGUCUGCAGCAGACACUCCCGACGGCUAUGCCACGCCGACAACGCAGAUGUCAGCGACUGACACACCAGAUGGCUAUGUUACGCCGAGCAAGGCCCAGCCGGCGAUGUCCGCGACCGACUCACCCGACGGCAACGUCCCGGCGACCGACUCACCCGACGGCAACGUCCCGGCGACCGACUCGCCUGACGGCUACGCGACGCCGACGAAGCCCGAGGUGGACGUGCAGUCCUACUCGGAGACGGUGCCCCAGCCGGUGCUCCGGAUGCUGAGCCCGCUGGUGAAGUCCAUGUGCGCCAGGACGAGCUACCCGUACGAGUGCGACGCAUCGAUCGCCAGGCUGCCGGAGACGACGGCGGUACCAGGGCGGCAGAAGAACCUCUUGGGCGUGCUGACCCUGGCCAUAGAUGCCGUGCGCGCCAAGAUCGUGGAGGCGAAGAACGCGGCCACGGACGUGUCCAAGGACCCGCACGUGGACAAGCUCGCCAAGGGCGCCAUCAAAGACUGCAUCAGUAAUUACGACGACAUGAACUACGAGUUCGACUCGGCGCUGACCGCGCUCAAGCGAGGAGACAAGGGGACGGCGGGCACCGCGCUCGACGCGGCGCGCACCGCUGUUGACACCUGCGACGAAGGUUUCCUCGACCGCCCGCAGCUGAAGCCAAUCCUGGGAGGUUACGAGAAGGUGCUCGCGGAGCUCUCAAGCAACGUCCUCGCCAUUAAUGCCAACGCCAAGAAGUAUUAGCAUGACCUCACCAUUCCUUCCGAUCGCCGAAACAUACAGUAUUGACAUUGGUGCUAACAUCUGUCUUGCGUGCAGACUGUAUGAAUAUGUAUACGAUUGUUUUUUUUUUGAAAGGAUGUAUAUGACUGUUUAUAUGGCUGUGUGUGUGAUGAUGAUGAUGUACAGUAGUACAUUAGUUGACCCUCUUGUUAAACUUCUUCAUUUAAUUUGAUUUGCUGCUCCUUU